CCAGCUGGAUGUGUUGUUGUGUUGGUUCACCGCAGCUCCAUGAAUCUGACACACACACACACACACCUCAUCUGGAAGUACUUUUAAUCCUGAUACUUUUUCUUUAUCUUAUUUCGCUUCCUCUGACAUCAUCAGUUAAAUAAAAGUUAAGCUAUACAAAAUAAACCCAAAGUCCUGGAUCAGAGGGCGGAGCUCUGGACUAAUGAAGGGCCUGGACACACCUGAGGAACCACAAACAUCCAAAUGUGUCCUGAGGUUUGAUUUCUCCCCAUUAAAGCAGGAUGGAAGCACUUUGAGCUUCGCCAUGUUAAACAGCUGCUUCCAUCAGAAGAAACAAUAAAACAUCUGCAUGACUGCUUUCACAUCACACCCUUACUGCAGUGAACACUUGCUCUCACACACAGAGACGCUCCCUGCCAGUAUAAAUCAGCCUGUUGUUGUUGUUGAUGUUUCUCUUGAUGGGCGUAACAUCCGUGGGAGGGGGGCAGGGACUGAGGGCGACAUGAUGACAUGACACUUCCUGCCAAACACGCAAUAAAACAGACGGAGCAGAGCAAGACUCGGUCAGAACCUGCAGGACCCCCCACAGGACCAGGAUUACCCCGGACCUCCAGGACCGCCCCGAGAGCUUGUUACGAUGUGGCUGCUUCUGAUGAUCGUCAGCCUGCUGGAUCAGAACCAGGCUGUGCCACUUCCAGGAGACCUCCACAGCCUUCAGCUCCUCCUGCAGAGCCAAGUGGACCAAACAGCACCUUCGGCCCCUCCUGACCCCGCUCAGAAGAUCACUUCCUCCUCCUCCUCCUCUUCUUCAUCAGUUUCCUCGGAGUCAAGCCAGAGUUCAGAGGGUCCACAAAUGGUGCGAGAACGGCAGAACCUGGAGAACACGGCUGUGGAGCAGGUGGACUCCUCUCAGGAGAGUGAGGAGCUCCUCCAGCCUCCCAGUGACACCAACAGCACCACCAGCACCAAUCUGUGGAUCAAUGAGCUAGUUUUACUGGGAGAGAGAGCGGGCGAGCAAGAAGGCGACGGAGAGAGAGACACCAGAGAUGGAGAGGACAGCGUGGAGAGCCAACACAGGCCUUUGCUGAUGACCUUCCACCACCUCUUGACACAACCUCGGCACAGAGAACCCGGUCUGAUUUCAGAAGUGGCUGCAGAGGGAGGCGUGUCUGAAGUUGGCGACGUGGGCGGUGCCAGAGAGGAAAACUCUGAGUUCCUGCGACUGUGGGGUGACAGCAUUGAGCGAGAGGCCGGGCUGACCUUUGACGUGCCUGACCAAGGCCUCCAUGAAAAUGAGGCGGGGCUUGAGCUGGGGCUGUAGAGACUAUCCCCCCAUUGUUAUGAUCACUUAUUAACCAGUAAAUGAUGCGAUUAUUAUUAUUAUUAUUAACUACUGAAGCGUCACAGAACAUGGAGCUCCACAUGUUAAAUGUUUAACUGUCCCAAUCAAUCAAGCUCUGAAGUUUUAAUGAGCACUGAGCAUGAAAGCAGAUCAUCACACAGUGAAUUGACGCAGAGGUAUCAGCCUCUGUUUGGAUCCCAGCAGUUUAACCUGAAACAAUCAGCUGAGUUUGACUGUAAAUAAACGUGUUCCCAUGUUUUGUUUUUUCUGUUUGAGCCUGAACAUUUAUUAAACUAAACUUCACAUCUGUGCCUUGUCACUGUUUGGUAAUAAAAAGUUUAAAUUUUU